CCGACGACCAUCACUGCUCCCUCCUCCUCCUCUACCACCAUCGAUAUUUCCUUCUUGACCCCACGGCAUCAUGGCGGACGCACAGAAGCAGAUGCAGGCUAUGACGGAGGAGUUCCAGGCAUUGCAGACUGAACUCGACGGCCUCGUUGAAGCGCGCCAGAAGCUCGAGUCGCAAGAACAAGAAAACCUGGGUGUUCAGAAGGAAUUCGACUCGUUGGAUGACGAUGCCAACAUCUUCAAGCAGAUCGGGCCGGUCCUGUUGAAGCAGGACAAGAAGGAAGCCAUCAUGGCCGUGAAAGGACGUCUCGAGUUCAUUGAGAAGGAGAUCAAGCGAAUCGAAGGACAGAUUGAGGAGAACCAGAACAAGUCGGACGAGAAGCGGGCUCAGAUUGUUCAGUUCCAGACCCAGGUCCAGCAACAAGCGGCGGCUGCUUCUGCUUGAGAUUAGACGGACGCUUUACUCCGAUUCGUACCGUUGAUAGAUGUCGGUGCCUUAUAUCUCCAGAUUAGGAUGGAAAUGUCGACUGGCUCGGUGCUAGCGGGGUCGAAAGAAGCCAGUACCAGAUGGGUACGCAAGUGACAAUGGACGUCCCCAGGCAAUCAUGCAAGAGGCCACAUGGGAAGAGUGGCACCUUAAGAUGGAGGGGCUAUUCAUGAGGCUUUUGGGCCUGCACAGCAGGAUUGUGGGAUUUUUAGAUACCCUUGUUAGUGGCUGUUACGAAUUAUUCAUAUGGUCAUACUGAGGUCAUGUAGCCAAUUGGGCCGCCUAUCAUGGUGGCCUCUGCAGUGUGAUUUCCCUAUCUCAACAGGACGAGAAUGGAUGCGUCCCAAAGAAGCUUCACGACACAGUGAAUCUACGUUUGUACAGGAGAUCAGAG